AGGCGAGAUCAUUCUUUCGUCAGCUCUAAACCUCAAAGGGUCGGUCCUUCGAUACGGCCGGCGAGUUGCAACUCUAAUUCACAUUUCCCCCUUCCUCCAUCUGGUUUAGCGUCGGACCAAUUGAACCCAAAUAGAUCCAAGGACAUUUAAUCUUUCCCCGUGGAGUGACGGAGGGGGCACACAGAGAAGUGUGAUCGAGUCGAGGUACGACAUACCAGGCCUAACUGCGAGCGUCUUCCGCCCGAUUCAGCCGGCUCAUAGGUAAAACGGUGGAGGUAAUCCAACUUUCACAACGACCUAUAAUAGGACCUCUAGGGAAUCUCGCCGAGACUUUCUCUUGGAUAUGGACUUUGCUCGUCAAUUCUACGUUUCCUUCGUAGAAUCUUGGUCCAAUACCAAUAUGCGACUUUCAGCGCCAACACUAUCCGCAACGACGACCGCUGCAGCUUUAGCGGCAAUCGGGGGCCAAGUGGUUCUGGCUGCUGGAUCUGAAGCUGGAAUUCUCGCUCCGAAUUAUAUCAUCGCUUCGAAUUCUAAUGUCACAGAGGUCACUUUGUCCAUUACAACGCAGGACAAGUCGAAAUGGAAUGCGACGGCUCCGAAUCUGUAUGGUCUGAUGUUUGAAGAUAUCGAUCAUUCGGGAGAUGGUGGUAUUUAUGCAGAGCUCAUUGCCAACAGGGCCUUCUCAGGAGGCGCCAUUACAGGCAAUGAUAACCCUAUCGAACCGUAUCAAUCUACUCUUGAUCGGUGGGUACCUAUCGGCGACACGCAAAUCGCUUUGGACCUCUACCACCCUCUGUCAGAUGCCUUGCCGAAUUCAAUGGCCAUGACGUUCCCGGCCAACGCCACUGGUCGAGUCGGUGUCCUCAAUACAGGAUUCUGGGGAAUGGACGUCAGUCCUCAAACGUAUACCGGUAGCUUCUGGAUCAAUGCUGUCAAUCAGACGUAUCCCCCUAACAACACCACCGACAUCACGGUCGAUCUCAGAUCUAAUUUGACCAGUGAUAUUUGGGUCAACACGACCAUUUCAAACUAUCACAUUGGCACGUUCAGGUACUCUCAAGUCAAUUUCACGUUGGAGAACAAUGUCACUGCGCCUAAUGCCAACAACACAUUUGCCAUCACCUUUGAUGCUUCUCAAGUUGCUGGACAAACUUUUUACCUCAGUCUGACAUCCCUCUUCCCCGAGACUUUCAAGGGCCGACCAAAUGGACUUCGUAAAGAUCUCGCUGAAGCUUUCUAUGAUCUCAAACCUGGUUUCCUCCGUUGCCCAGGAGGAAACAAUAUCGAGGGUAAUUCCAUUGCUCAACGGUGGAAGUGGUACGAGACGAUUGGACCCCUUGAAAACCGACCGGGAAGAAUUGGAACUUGGGGAUACUGGAACACUGAUGGUCUCGGUCUGAUGGAAUACCUCGAUUGGUGUGAAGAUAUGGAGAUGAUACCGCUGUUGGCUGUGUACGACGGUUACUCGCUGGACCACACGAGUUAUCCCCUGGAAUUCAUGGACGAAGUCCUGGAUGAGAUCUUAGCAGAGCUGGAGUUUUGUCUCGGUGACACAUCCACCAAGUGGGGAGCGAAGAGAGCCGAGUAUGGUCACCCAGAACCGUACAAUAUCACUUAUGUGGAGAUUGGAAACGAAGACAUGUUCUCUUGCACUUACACUUAUCGACUGAACUAUCUCUACCCCGCUCUGAAGAAGGCAUACCCCAACAUUCGAUUCAUCCAGACUCAGUACAAUGAGAACGCAGGAGGAGGAUACGCAGAUUGUGGUGAAGGAAUCACUGUUCCCAUUCGAGAUGGUGGAGGAUGGGAUGCUCACCACUACGAGACCCCCUCAUUCUACCUCGAUACGUUCAACUACUGGGACAACUUUGAGGCCGAGAACAACUUUACCGAUAUCGAAAUCGUCCUUGGAGAAUACAGUGUCUUCCAACUAGACACUUCGACAGGAUACGUCAACUACUCUGAUCCACCCGAGAUUCACCCAGCCUACCCCGAACUCAUCAGCGCCAUCGGUGAAGGAAUCUACAUGCUCAGUGCGGAACGGAACCCUUCAUUGGUCACUUUGAUGUCCUACGCACCGUCUUUGCAGAAUUUGAACCUCUACGUCUGGACACCCAAUAUGAUCGUUUUCCAGGCUCAACACAACCUCACUGUUCUCACUGCCAGUUAUUGGCAACAGCACCUCUUCGCGAACUUCAGAGGUACGCACACGGUCCCUGUGGAGGGUGAGUUGAACCCUCUCUACUGGGUUGGAGUGGUGGAUGAGAGCUCGGGCGCAUUUUACCUCAAGAUCGUCAACACUGGCAACCAGACCGUCCCUCUGACCCUCAACUUUGACUCGGGAUACUACUCUGUGAACGGUACCACACUUCAGUCCGAAGACCCCAAUGUCUACAACUCUGUCGACAACCUCCAUGCGAUCGAACCGAGGAUGCUCACUGGAUCAGAACUGCCACAACCGGGCAACUUGCCCUCCAACGCAACCACCCCAGUGACCAUGGUCUCCUCUUCCGCCGCGAUGACGGGCUCAGCAUCCGCUGCGCCGACGAUGGGCAGCAUCAGCGUCUCGGAUACGAUCAUGGGUGGAAACGUCACGGCUACCAUGUCUUCUUCGGGUUCUGGAUCUGCUGCAGCUACCAAACGAUCCAUCGUUGACUCGAUCCGAUUCGAGUCGGAGCGAUUCAAGAGAUGGAGCAACGAUACGAACACUUGGAGCUGGACUGUACCUGUGUUCUCAAGUACAGUAUUGCAAUUCAACCCUUGAGGUGAUUGCUCUUGGACGACGUCAGUAUGAUGAGGUGGAAUCAGACAAAAUCGACUGUACAGACAGCCUCCUUUUCUUUAUAAUCUGAUAGCAAGGCACACAAUGCACAAACUUUACGAUCUGAC